CAUCUCUGUUGGUUGCUCAGGCAAGCUCCAUGUCAGACCCGGUUUGGAGCACAGAUCUGAGGACCACGCAGGAAGGUUAUUCUCUCUGUGGUCAUGAGUGGAAGCAAUGGGCCGACUGACACACACACCUAUCAAUCGUUAGCUGAGGAUUGCCCGUUUGCCUCUGCGGAGCAACCCAGGAGAUCCACGGGGAGACUCGUCAUGCACAGCAUGGCCAUGUUCGGCCGAGAGUUUUGCUACGCGGUGGAGGCAGCUUACGUGACUCCGGUUCUGCUCAGUGUGGGCCUGCCUAAGAGUCUGUACAGCAUGGUGUGGCUCCUCAGCCCCAUCCUGGGAUUCCUGCUACAGCCUGUGGUGGGAUCAGCUAGUGAUCACUGCAGGGCCAGAUGGGGUCGCCGGAGACCCUACAUCCUGACUCUGGGCGUCAUGAUGCUCCUGGGAAUGACUCUGUACCUCAAUGGAGAUGCUGUUGUAUCAGCUUUGGUUGCCAACCCGAGGCAGAAGUUGGUUUGGGCCAUAAGCAUCACCAUGAUAGGCGUGGUUCUCUUCGAUUUUUCUGCUGACUUCAUUGACGGGCCCAUCAAAGCCUACUUAUUUGAUGUCUGCUCCCACCAGGACAAGGAGAAGGGUCUCCACUACCAUGCCCUCUUCACAGGUUUUGGGGGUGCCCUUGGAUACAUUUUGGGCGCCAUAGACUGGGUGCAUCUAGAACUGGGAAGGCUGCUGGGCACUGAAUUUCAGGUCAUGUUCUUCUUCUCUGCCCUGGUUUUCACCUUGUGCUUCAUCACGCAUCUGUGCAGUAUCCCUGAAGCCCCGCUCAGAGAUGGUGCAACAGACCCUCCCUCACAGCAGGACCCUCAGGGCUCCUCACUGUCAGCCAACAGGAUACACGAAUAUGGUUCUAUUGAGAAGGUUAGAAAUGGAGGUGCAGACACAGAGCUGCCAGUGCAGGAAGGAAAAACCAAAAAACCUUCUGGACAGAGUCAGAGGACAAUGUCGAUCAAGUCACUUCUUCGGGCAUUAGUGAACAUGCCUUCCCACUAUCGCUGCCUUUGCAUCAGCCACCUCAUUGGAUGGACUGCCUUCCUGUCAAACAUGCUCUUCUUCACAGAUUUCAUGGGACAGAUCGUAUACCAUGGGGAUCCCUACGCUGCACACAACUCCACAGAGUUUCUCAUCUAUGAAAGAGGAGUUGAGGUUGGAUGUUGGGGCUUGUGCAUCAACUCUGUGUUUUCUUCAGUUUAUUCGUACUUUCAGAAGGCUAUGGUCUCCUACAUCGGAUUAAAGGGCCUUUAUUUCAUGGGAUAUUUGCUCUUUGGCCUGGGGACAGGAUUCAUUGGACUCUUUCCAAAUAUGUACUCUACCCUGGUCCUCUGUUCUAUGUUUGGUGUAAUGUCCAGCACAUUGUACACCGUGCCCUUUAACCUCAUUGCUGAGUACCACCGCGAGGAGGAGAAAGAGAAGCAGCAGGAAGCGCCAGGAGGCCCUGACAACCACGACAACCACGGGCGAGGCAAAGGUGUGGACUGCGCUGCUCUCACCUGCAUGGUGCAGCUGGCUCAGAUCUUGGUUGGAGGUGGCCUGGGUUUCCUGGUCAACAUGGCUGGGAGCGUCGUCGUCGUAGUGAUCACGGCCUCUGCGGUAGCACUGAUUGGAUGUUGCUUUGUGGCUCUCUUCGUAAGAUAUGUAGAUUAGGGUCAUAAAAAGACAUCCUCCAGACCUCAGACCAAAAAAAAAAAAAAAAAAAAAAAAAAAAAAAAAAAAAAAGCCCAUGGCAAGAAAUCACUCUUUUCUUGGACUCUUUGGCGUUGGGGACUGUAUGCCUCUUGUUGGCACUGAACCUUGCAUGUAGACGUAGGGAAAGAUGUGGUGGAAUUGCUCCCCCAUCCCUGCAUCUUCCUUACUUCCCCUCAGUGCAGGGAUGGGAGAAUCAAGCUCUGCUUCUCAAGAGAAUUCCAAGCCUUCAUAACGUCUGAGGAGCAAAUGCAUCCUAUCUGUGAUGCUUCUAAUGUAAUUUUUAAAAAGCAAUUCAUAUGCCAUUGGGAAAUCACAUAUUUCAUCAGAUUCAGAAGUACUUAAGAUACGGCUGAGUGUUUCUUUUAUCGUGUUGAUUUAUUCAGAUUUAAUUUGCUCAUAGUUAAUUCCCGUUAAUGUGUGACAUCCUGUCGGAGGUCUCAUUCUGAAAGCUUUGCAACUUAAAAGUGUUCAUUCAUUUCACUGAUGCAGUAAAAAUAUUUUCCUUGA